AUGAAUAAUAUAAAUUUAGAAUUAAAUAAUGAAUUUAUAGUUAUAAAUAAUAAUCAAAAUGAAUGGGUUAAAUUAAAUGUUGGUGGACAAAUUAUUCAUACUACAUUAACAACAUUAACCAAAGAAAAAGGUAGUAUGUUAGGAUUAAUGUUUAAAAAAGAUACAACAUGGAAACACACAAGAGACGAGAAUGGUUUCAUUUUAAUUGAUGCCGAUCCACGUUAUUUCAUGGUAAUAUUAAAUUUCUUACGUCAUGGUGAAAUCGUAGUUGAACCAAAUUUAAAUUAUUAUGGUGUUUUAUCAUUAGCAAGAUAUUUUGGUUUAAAUAGUUUAACUGAUUUAAUUGAUAAUGAAGAAAAUAAUAAAAAUAGUUGGUCAAAUUUAUUAGAAGAGAAUUUUGUAUCAAAUGAAUUAGAUUAUAAUAGAUGGAUUGUUCAAAGAGAUAGUCCAGGUUCAAAUUUCAUUUUGGAAGAAGGUAAAUUUAAAUUAAUUAAUAGAGCAUAUUUAGUUAGUAAGGAACAAUUUAAUCCAGAUGAUGGUGAGAUUAGAAUAACGGGUAUUUGGACCAAAGAUUCACAAGAGGAUUUCUUUCAAGUUGCAACACGUUCAGAUGGUUCAAAUCAAGGUUCACCUUAUUUUGAAGUUAAAAAUGGUAUAGAAUUUCAUUAUAGUAGAGGUCAAGCAACAAUAAUUGGUCGUGGUUCUAUAUUACCAUCGGGUAUGGUUAAAAUUAAGAAACAAGGAGAAUUCUUUUUUGGUGCUGGUGUUCCAGUUCAUUUCGAAAUUUUCGAUGAUGGUUGCACUGUUUCUUUCUCUUUAUGGGAAACUACUCAUAAUACUAGUAUCACAAUUGAAACUACUUGUACAAAUAAAAACUUAACAAACUAUUUGGUAAUUCAUAAUAGAGAGAAAAUUAAUACAAAUAGUAUGUCCUCUUGGAUUUCAAAUUUGAAGGUUUCAAGAUGGGAUAAAUCAACACCACGUAGAAAUCGUUAUAGAAGAUUAACUGAUAAGAGAUUAAAUUUAAAUACUAGUAUGUAA